AUGGGCAGGAAGAAGAUCCAGAUCCAGCGGAUCACGGACGAGCGCAACAGGCAGGUGACCUUCACCAAGCGCAAAUUUGGCUUGAUGAAGAAAGCCUACGAGCUGAGCGUCCUGUGCGACUGUGAGAUCGCCCUCAUCAUCUUCAACCACUCCAACAAGCUCUUCCAGUAUGCCAGCACCGACAUGGACAAGGUGCUCCUCAAGUACACCGAGUACAACGAGCCCCAUGAGAGCAGGACCAAUGCAGACAUCAUCGAG